UAUCAUUUUAAUGUGGCUGAGGUAAAAGACAAAUCCCAUAUAAUAAAAUUGCGGGCGCCUGUGUCUUUGCGUCUGCGUUUCUGGCGUGCGUGCGUGCGUGCGUGCUGCUUCGGGUUUCCACUGUCGCCAAUCUCCCACACCACUAACUACCACUUACCCAGUCGGAGAGGGGCAACAACAUAGUGACCUGCCUUUGCCAAACAAAGCAGACAGCAGCAUCUUCAAGUGUUACUUACGCUACAUACGCUACAUACUCAUCUAACCCACUCAUCACAUUCAUCAUUCCAGUUGUGUUCUUUAAUCUGCUCCUAGGAACUUCUAGGCAUACUAGGACCCCGAGUACGGAGCUGAUCGCACAUGACUCCCCCGUACCCAUUCACCUCAUUCACCUCCAACUUCCUACAGAAUGCCGGCCAAGAACAAUAAUCGACAGUCGGCAUCGCAGGGCCCCGCACCUUCGAAGGCAACGGCAAAGUAUACCAACAAAGAUGGAACGAAAUACAUCUCUGUUCCCAAGUCAUCUGCCUCGACUCCGCCCGCUCAACCGUCGCCGACUACCACCUCGUCCUCUAGAGGUGGUGCCCCGACUAGUAUCCCAGCUACCGCUGACGUAGCCCCCGCGCAACCAGUGAAUCGCAAAAAGCAAAAACGUCGAGCGAAAGCUGCCGCUAAGGCUGCCGCCGAACAGGCUGAGCAGGCUGAACAAGCCGCGAAUGGUCUCCCUAGUCCGGCAUCCACUAGCAGUGCGCUUUUACCCGUCCCGAUAGAGUCGCAGAAGAAGGACCUACACAAUUCCCGCAACAUUGCGUCUAACGAAAGCCAUCCAUCCCACCAUCACGCCCACAUCCACAAUGGCGAAGAUUGGGGCGACGAGACCGAAAGUGAUGAUGGUGGCCAUUCCUUUAGCCAAACGACCAACGGGACUGCGCGAAAGUCCAAGAAGUCUAAGAAAAAGAAGAAGCAGAAGGGAAUAGUCGAGGAGCCGGUGAACGACCACCCCUCUGGCAUAUCAAAGGAAAAGAUAUGGAACACCUCCGGGCCUGAAGAGAGAGAGCGUAUCAAGCAGUUCUGGCUUGGGUUAGGAGAAGACGAGCGAAAGUCGCUUGUGAAGGUCGAGAAGGAUGCCGUGCUCAAGAAGAUGAAGGAGCAACAGAAACACACGUGUAGCUGUUCUGUUUGCGGGCGCAAAAGAACCGCGAUCGAGGAAGAGCUGGAAGGCUUGUAUGACGCGUACUACCAGGAGUUAGAAUCAUUCGCGAAUCAGCCUCAAAACCACCCGAAUGCGCCGCCCAUGUUUUCUCCGAAGAGAUUUGGUCCUAUCAGUGGCCUACAUCCUCCCGGCGCCUUACCGUCUAGAUAUUCGAAUCAUCAUCCCUCUCAUGGCCGCAUAGUAGAACACGUGGACAAUGAGGAGGAGGAAGAAGAGGAUGUCGAGGAGUAUAGUGACGUAGACGGAAUAGACGAAGAGGAGGAUGAGGACGAGGAUGAGCCAGAGGAGAUUCCCCGCGACCUAUAUCCGACCGAUUUCUUCAACUUUGGCCAGAGUCUCACUGUCAAAGGCGGCAUUCUUACUGUAGCAGACGACUUACUCAAGAACGACGGCAAGAAGUUUAUUGAGAUGAUGGAACAGCUAGCCGAGCGACGAAUGGCUCGCGAGGAAGAUGCCAAGGACCACUACGCAGGAGCCUAUGGCCACCCCGUUAACGGCGCGUCCCUACCUACCCCUCACAACCACCCGCCCCCAGAGGAUGAAGAGUUCGACGAGGACGAGGAGGAAGAAGAGGAGUAUGAUAGUCAAGACGAAGACUAUGAAGAGGAAGAGGACACAAUGACGGAGGAGCAACGAAUGGAAGAGGGUCGGCGAAUGUUUCAGAUCUUUGCUGCGCGUAUGUUCGAGCAAAGAGUCUUGACCGCAUAUCGCGAGAAGGUUGCGAGAGAGCGACAAGAGAAACUCAUCGAAGAGCUCGAGGAGGAAAAGUCACAGGAGAGCCAGCGACAGGCUAAGAAGGCAAAGGAGGCGCAGAAACGAAAAGACAAGGCUGCCCAGAAAAAGCAAGCCCAGCUUGAGGAAAAGGCAAAACGAGAGGCUGCAAAGGCUGCCGAAGAGGCCGCCCGCUUAGCAGAGGAUGCGCGAAGGACAGAAGAAGCCAGGCUCAGGGCUGAGGAGAAGCGCAAGAAGAAGGAUGCGCAGAAGAAGGCUGAGGAGGAGGAGCGGCAAAGAAAGGAGCUCGAACGACAACGACGCGCCCAUGAACUCAAGGAGAAGCAAGCGGAACAGGAACGAAAGAUCCGCGAGGCGAAGGAGCGCGAAAAGAAGUUAAAAGAAGAGCAACGCCGAAAGGAGCAGGAAGCUCGCGAGCUUAAGGAGCGCGAGACUCGAGAGCGAAGGGAAAAGCAUGAGAAAGACAAGAGAGACAAGGAGUUGAGAGCGGCUCAGGCCAAGGCGGAACGCGACGCCAAGGAAAAGACGAAGCAGGAAGAAAAGGACAAGGCGGCAGCCAAAGUCAUAACACCUGCAGCGCCCAUUCCUAUACAGCCGGCAAAGAAACAGCACCUGAUCUCCGUUCCUGCCAUUCCUCAUCAACCUACGAUGAAUCAUCCAUCCCCUCAAGUCGCCGUUGCGACUCCUGCUCUACCUAAAGCUCCCACGCCUAUGAAACCUCGGGCCGCUUCCCAAGAAGUGACGAGAUCAGUUUCGCAGGCUUCUCAUUCAGCCUCCGGUCCAAGUCAAAACGUGUCGCCGCAUGCUCUCACGCCGCUGCAUACCAGCCCUGGCCCCAUCGGCCCACCGAGAAAACCAUCAUCAACAGGACCCACUAGUGCGGGACCUCCGGUUCAACCGGCCUCUCCCCUUCACGCGGGAAUCAAGAGCCCGCCCAGUUCACAUCCUGGAUCUUUCAACAUGGGAAUGCCUCCUAUUGGGAUGCAGUUCCCUCCUGGAAUACCACCACAGAUGGCACCGGCCUUUAACCGAAUGCACGAUCCGAUAUUCCCGGCCCCCGCAAACUUUCGUCAUAUGGGCAUGCCGGUACCGCCAGGUUUCCCUGCCCCUAAUCCAAUGGUCGGUCGACCAUUCCCAAUGCCGCACGCGCCACCCGGGUUCCAUCAACCAUCAGAUCAACCAUUACCCGCAAUGCACCAUCAAGGCUUUUCCCCAGAGGGUGUAUCAGGGCAUCCACCGUCGCAUUCGCGCCACACAUCUUUUGAUGCUAACCCACUGGACUUGAAGGGUUCAAGUAGCAAGUCUCAGCCCAUUGGGAGACCAGCACCUAUUGGUAGACCUGGUAGUGUUGUCCACGGCCAAAAAAGCCAUGACCUGUCGGCGGACAUCGAUGACGUUAGUAAUCAUUUGGGCAGUAGUGCUCUAUUGGAUGAUUCAGAGGAGCAAUUUGGAGGCAUUGGUCCUUCUAGGCAAGGCACUGCUAUUCCUGGAGCCCUCCCUCCGUUCCCCAGUGCUCCAUUUAUUGAUCCAUUCCUUGGCUCGCCCAUGAACACCGCGUGGGGCCACCCGAACGUAUUCUCCCCGCCGCCCGGGUUCGCCAACCCAGCAUGGCCGCCAAAUGCUGCGUUCGGGUCUACGCCGCCUGGCAUGCGAGCCUCGCAGCCUCGACCCAUUGCUGUUCGCCAGAUGCUAGUCCGCGCCUGCAAGGACCUCGAGGCCCACGCUGCAGACUCGACAGGUUACAUAGACUUGUCCGCUAUCAAGGGGCACGUGGACUCCAUCAACCUCUCAGUAAAUGAACCUGUGUCAGAGGCGGAGUUAUUGGAGAUGUGCGAAACCGAAGGAAAUCCUCAGAAUGGUGGCGGAGGCUUCGACAUCCGACGUGACGAGAACAGUAGCAAGGUCUCUAUUCGAUUCGAAGCAGAUGGUGGAUCGGUUCCGGCUUCUUUCUCGCGAAGUGUGGGAGCUCCUGGAGAAAUUGGCAGUCCGGUCGUAGGAACUGGCUCGCCUAGCCACUUCUCGGGAGCUUAGGUAGGAUACCAAGGAUUCGGGUCACGGCCUGACCAUCUUGUGUCCAAGGCCUAGGAGGACUACGACAAUUGCAUGAGGAAUUUAUAAGGGGUAGCGGCUUUAUUGCC